AUGCAGCCGACGAGACCGAACACACCUAGCUUGGGAAGGAGGAAGCAGGCACCCAGACAACUACAAGUUCAAGCCCUGCACAUCGACAGGAAGCAACACUUCGAGCUUGCAUGGCGACGACAGCAGAUGGAAGAGGCACUGUUAAAGGCAGAGGAGGAUGGUUGUUGCUCUGUGGAGUGUAUCACAGAGCUGAGGAGCCUGCGCCACCUGGAUCGAGUCAUAGACUCAGCUGCCAGCUCAGUAGUAGUCGUGGCCUUCUACAGCCGGUCUUGUGGGACCUGCAAGGAGAUGCUGAAGCACUAUGCUGCCAUGUGCCGAGACGCGAACGGGCAGCAGGCGGGAGUGCGAUUCCUGAAGCACAACAUUCGCGACGACUUUGACGAUCUUACGGACGUUGCGGCGCUCUAUGGAGUCCGAGCUGUUCCGUGCUUCGUGUUUUUCGUCGGCGGCGCGCAGAUGCGGCGGGUGAGCAUGAUGGACUCGAGGCAGAACCCGGAAGCAGUGCGGCGGCUGAUGGGAUGGCAGCAGGGACGACUCACGGACGCUCUGCGCGAAAUGCUCUUCCGAGCCGCGCCUUCCGCCCGGCGAUAG